UCCAGAAUAAAAAAAGAACUCUAUGUGAUGAUUUUGGAAGGAAAACUAAAAGUUUUAGAGUUAAAACAUGAGGUUAUUAUCGUUGUUAUUAUAUAUAUAUAUUCUUCAGUGGAGGUGGAGAAGAAUAGAGUAAAAAUAAUGAAGUUAUCCGAGCUUCAAACAGAACAAGCAAUGGAAAAACAAAUAAGGUUGUUGAGCAAUAUUGGCACUAAUGUUCAGCUUAUGUACAAAGCAAACAUGAAUCCUUUUGACCUGUCACAUUUUCUUUGCUCAAAUUCAAAUCAAGUUUCAAACAGUUUCAAAUGGAGCAGUGGCGACCUCAAGAACAAGGGAAAUUAAUAUAAACCUACAACCAGAGAAUCGGACACAAGUUUUGAUGGCUUAUAACAGAGGAGUAAGAAAUGAGAACCAAGUAGGGAUGAAAAAUUUGACUGAAAAUGGAUAAGAGUCAACUCCAAAUUAUGACAUUGUUAAGUUAGAGCCAAGUGACUAUUGAUGUUUCAAGUUACUCAGCUUAUAUUUUACAACAUGACAAACUUUUAUAUUUUCUU